GGGAGUGGGCAGGGCCUGUUUUCCGUGUCUCACGCCCUGCUUUUCGCCUCCUUCAGCGCUGUCUGCUAGCUGCUUUUCCUGCUGGCUCUCCCGGGAGGCGAGUCCUUGUGCCCGAGAUGGCAGCCACCCUGCUCAUGGCUGGGUCCCAGAUCAGACUUAAUACCCUUUGCCUCCUCAACAUUUCUAACCAUGUCUCUAAUUUCAAGAAGAACUGGGACUCGACUCCUAGCUACCGAGUAGUGAGGAAGCAUUGUGUGAUUUCAGGCACCUGUGACAUUUGAAGAUAUGGCCAUGUACCUCACCAGGGAAGAAUGGCGACCUCUGGACCCUACCCAAAGGGACCUUUACAGGGAUGUCAUGCAGGAGAAUUAUGGAAAUGUUGUCUCCUUAGAUUUUGAGAUCAGGAGUGAGAAUGAGGUGAACCCAAAGCAAGAGAUUAGCGACGAUGUAGAAUUUGGGACGACAUCUGAAAGACCUGUUGGGAAUGCCGAGGAAAACCCUGAAAGCGAGGAGGCCUUUGAAAGCGGGGAUAGGGCAGAAAGACCGUGGGGAGACUUGACGGCGGAAGAGUGGGCAAGCUAUCCUCUCCAGCAAGUCAGCGAGCUGCUGGUGCACAGAGAAGCGCACACGGGGAUCCGGUACCACAUAUGUCCCCACUGUGGAAAGGCCUUCAGCCAGAUCUCAGACCUGAACCGGCAUCAGAAGACUCACACCGGAGACAGACCCUACAAGUGCUACGAAUGCGGGAAGGGCUUCAGUCGGAGCUCACACCUCAUUCAGCAUCAGAGGACGCACACUGGGGAGAGGCCCUACGACUGUAACGAGUGCGGGAAAAGUUUUGGCAGGAGCUCUCACCUCAUUCAGCAUCAGACAAUCCACACAGGAGAGAAGCCUCACAAGUGUAACGAGUGCGGGAAGAGCUUCUGCCGGCUCUCUCACCUCAUCCAGCACCAAAGGACCCACAGCGGGGAGAAGCCCUACGCGUGCGAGGAGUGUGGGAAGAGCUUCAGCCGCAGCUCCCACCUGGCUCAGCACCAGAGGACCCACACAGGCGAGAAGCCGUACGAGUGCAACGAGUGUGGACGAGGCUUCAGCGAGCGAUCCGAUCUCAUCAAACACUACCGGGUCCACACCGGGGAGAGGCCCUACAAGUGUGACGAGUGUGGGAAGAAUUUCAGCCAGAACUCCGACCUGGUCCGCCAUCGCAGAGCCCACACCGGGGAGAAACCGUACCACUGCAACGAAUGCGGGGAGAACUUCAGCCGCAUCUCACACCUGGUGCAGCACCAGAGAACCCACACCGGGGAGAAGCCCUACGAGUGCAACGCUUGCGGGAAGAGCUUCAGCCGCAGCUCGCAUCUCAUCACGCACCAGAAAAUCCACACCGGAGAAAAGCCCUACGAGUGCAGCGAGUGCUGGCGAAGCUUCGGCGAGAGGUCAGAUCUCAUUAAACACCAGAGAACGCACACGGGGGAGAAGCCCUACGAGUGUGUGCAGUGCGGAAAAGGCUUCACGCAGAGCUCCAACCUCAUCACGCACCAGCGAGUGCACACGGGAGAGAAGCCCUAUGAGUGUACCGAAUGCGAGAAGAGUUUCAGCCGGAGCUCAGCUCUUAUUAAACACAAGAGAGUGCACACUGACUGACCGUGACCGUGGACUGAUUUUGUUUGAAGGGACACUUUUAUUGACUAUCUGUGAGCUCCCUCAAGACCGGGCUACUUUUACCACAGUGACUUUCCGAGUCGUGGGCCACAGUUUAAAACGUCAAAUGAGACGAGCCAUUUGGAUCUGGGAAUGUUAUCCCCUCCCCUGGAAUAGUGAUUUUUAUUACUCAGUGGAGUAUUUCAUCAAAAUCAGCCCCCACAAGUAACUGGAAAUCUGAAGAGCACCAGACAAAUACUGCUUGGGGCUAGAAAUGAAAUCGAUCUUUGACCAUCCUUGGCUCAAAGAACUCUGCUCGCAGAAAUGUGGGGCUGUAGUAGGGUUGGGAAAAGGCAACCAGAGGCCGGGCCUGAACUGCCACGCCUGUUCACACACCACAGUAGUUGGGCAUACGCGUCUUCCCUUCCAAAGGGCUCACACAUUUACAUUUUCCAUCUUCCUGAGAGCAGACUUCUGCACGAUGAAGGCAGUUAUUGUUAACUUUUCUCCUCCUCAUUGUUUCUGAUUAACCUGUUUAAAGCUUGCUUCUUUGUGAAAGGUAACUGAAGAGACUGUGUGAAAGGAAAAGUGAGAAAUAGGUCUGGGGACCAAGGACCCAUCUUAGAUGCCACUGUUGUUUUUGCCAUUUAUCAGGUAUAUAAAUGUUCUUUGGGAAAUCCUGUAGGGAACAUCGUAGGGGAGAUCUUUCCAAGGGAAAACAGGACCACAGGUGCUGGAGUGUGGGAGCAAGUGGAACUGAGCCCUUCAGGAAGGAAGCCCAGGGUCCUUUCCCAGGGAACACAGGCCAUUUCUGUGUCCUUUCCCCACUAGCCUUUAAGCUCCGGUCUCCCUGUGUUGCUAACUCUAGGGCUGGAUAAGGGCCACAUCCCAAGUUUAUCAUAGCUUGCAUAAGCGCAUGUGUAUGUACAGUGACGUGUGUUCCUGUGGUUUUUCUGAUAGCAACUGAAUUUGCACAGAAUUAGCAUGCUCUUGGACGAUGUGGAUCACAUGCUAGAACUACAGACAUAACUCCAGCGUGAGCAAUGUCGUGUCUCCAGUGUGCACUGUCCUGUAAGGCUUGUCUCUGCGUAGAAUUAAGCACUUGUUUGUAUGCAUCCUUCAGUUAUGGGAGAUGACGACUGGACAUACAGGUUGAAUGUCCUUCUCAGACUGAAUUAUCUUCCAUAGUACUGAAGAACUCUGGCCUAGUCAGAGCAAUUCAUAAACCUAGGUAAGAAUGUAUUUGACCUCCCAGACUACAGUUGUAAAUGGUUAAAGUAAGAGUUGACCCAGUUUAAGCCCCGUAGUGUCAGUUCCCUUUAUCUCAGCCACAGCAGGAAUUAAGAAAUUUCCUAAUGGUGACGCCCAUCCACACACACACGGGUGAGGGGGAGUCGGUGUCCAGGAGGCGGAACUGGAGUAAGGAGUAUUUCCAGAGUGCCCCGGUUUAUUUCUACUGUGCUUUAUACUCUGAAUGCUCUAACAUUUUUAAAAAUGUUUUUGCCAUAGCUGCUUGGGAUUUGGUGCUAAAGGAGCCCAUGCUCUCUGCUGUGGUGUACAGCAGUGCGUUGUACACUACAGUGACCCACAGCUUUGUAGGGCUCCAUCACUUGCAAGGGACACAACCUCAAAGAUAACAAAACACCCCCACCAAGAGGGCGUCUUCAUGUUUGCCACUCUUUAAAUCAGAUUUGGGCAGGAAGCAUGUGUUUUUGUUCUACAAAAUCUAGCAGACCGUGGGUGUUCAUCCUUUGUUGGGUGACUUACAUGUUCUUGGCAACCAGAAUCAAAUAUGUCUUUUCCCACAUCAGUGUUGCUGGUUUUAAUGAACAUCAUGGUUCUCCUGCCGCUGCUGUCAGCCGCUACAGCAACAGGCUUAGGAGUGGCCACAGAAGGCAGAAGCUCCAUGACCUCACUCUUACUUCAGCCCUGUGCCCCGCUCUUCUCGCGUCACCUGGCUUGUUCCUGCUGCUGCUUUUGGCUCCUUAGAAGUAAGGGGCUCAAGAAGAGGCUGCUAAGUGCCCAGCCAUCUCUCCAUACCUGUGCAUUCCCGCUGGGAAGUCAGAAGGGCAAGAGCUGCACCUGCCCCGCCUCUCUGUCCUGCCAGUUUCUGUGCUGAACUUUGUGUAGAAGUUAAGCAGCAGACUCCCUUCGCUAACGUGUUUUGCAUGCCUUCUGCUCCCACGUCCCUGGCUGCUUCUGCACACGCCCUGAACACUCUGUGCCUGUUUCCUAUGGUUGUGGAGAGUGAAUGGACAAGUAAGUAUGUAGAGCAAGUUUUCCUUAUGGUAUUGGUGACAGUUAUCCUAAUGUCUAUCUACAUCUGUAUUAUUCUAACAAUAUUCUAUAAUUAAAAGUAUAAUUUUUAAAAUCAA